AUGCCAGAGUUCUGCUCUCCUUUAACAGGAAGUGUCCUCUCUGAGGAACAGCAUUCAGGAUAUGAGGAUGUGGAUGAGGAGCUUCUCUCAGGUGAACCACAAAAAGACGACAUAGCAGAUAACUAUGAUGAUGUCAUCACCACUAGACACAUUUCUGAGAGUGACAUAGUCACAGUGAGGUUGGUGGAUGGUGGCAGUCGAUGUGCUGGGAGAGUGGAGGUUCUUCAUGACGGUCAGUGGGGAACAGUGUGUGAUGAUGACUGGGAUAUAAGUGAUGCUGCAGUGGUGUGUAGAGAGCUGGGCUGUGGAGAGUCUGUAACUGCACUGGGUAGAGCUCACUUUGGACCAGGAUCAGAACCAAUAUGGCUGGAUGAUGUGAAUUGUAAUGGAUCAGAGUCUACAUUGAAGAACUGCACAUUAACAGAUUGGGGUGAACAUAACUGUGAUAAUACCGAAGAUGCUGGAGUCAUUUGUUCAGGAAGAAUCAGGCUGGUUGGUGCUUCUCGCUGCUCUGGGAGAGUGGAGGUGCUUCAUGGAGAGACCUGGUCCACAGUGUGUGAUGCUGACUUUGACCAGCAGGAUGCAGAGGUUGUGUGUCGAGAGCUGGGCUGUGGGCUUCCUGUGGAGGUGCUGGGAGCAGCUGCUUUUGGCAGAGGGGAGGGUCAGGUGUGGUCAGAGGAGCUUCAGUGUAGAGGCAAUGAAUCUCAGAUUCACUUCUGUCCAUCAUCUUCACUCAAAAACAACUGCUCCCAUGACAGUGAUGUCGGUGUGGUGUGUGCUGGCAGUGUGAGGUUGGUGGAUGGUGGCAGUCGCUGUGCUGGGAGAGUGGAGGUUCUUCAUAGAGGACAGUGGGGAACAGUGUGUGGUGAUGGCUGGGAUAUGAGACAUGCUGCAGUGGUGUGUAGAGAGCUGGGCUGUGGCGAGGCUGUAGAUGCACUGAGUGAUGCUCAGUUUGGACCAGGAUCAGGACCAAUCUGGAUGAGUAAAGUUGACUGUGGUGGAUCAGAGUCCACACUGAAGAACUGUAGAUCAGCAGGAUGGGGUAAACAUUACUGUGAUCAUUCUAAAGAUGCUGGAGUCGUCUGUUCAGGAGUCAGGCUGGUUGGCGGUUCUCACUGCUCUGGGAGAGUGGAGGUACUUCAUGGAGACACCUGGUCCACACAGGUGUGGUCAGAGGAGCUUCACUGUAGAGGCAACGAGUCUCAGAUUCACUUCUGUCCAACAUCUUCUUCACUCAAACACAACUGCUCCCAUGACAGUGAUACAGGACUGGUGUGUGCUGGCAGUGUGCGGUUGGUGGAUGGUAGCAGUCGCUGUGAUGUGCGAGUGGAGGUCCUUCAUAGAGGACAGUGGGGAACAGUGUGUGGCAAUAGCUGGGAUAUGAGUGAUGCUGCGGUGGUGUGUGGAGAGAUGGCAUGUGGGGAGGCCCUACAUGCUUUCAGUGAUGAUUAUUUUGGACCAGGAUCAGGACCAAUCUGGAUGAAUAAUGUUUAUUGUAGUGGAUCAGAGUCUACACUGAAGAACUGUAUUUCUCCAGGAUGGGGUAAACAUUACUGUGAUCAUAAUAAAGAUGCUGGAGUCAUUUGUGCAGGUACGCAUGUUAAUAUGUUAGGUCGAGUCAGGCUGGUUGGAGGUUCUCACUGCUCUGGGAGAGUGGAGGUACUUCAUGGAGACACCUGGUCCACAGUGUGUGAUGCUGACUUUGACCAGCAGGAUGCAGAGGUUGUGUGUCAAGAGCUGGGCUGUGGGCUUCCUGUGGAGGUACUGGGAGCAGCUGCUUUUGGCAGAGGGGAGGGUCAGGUGUGGUCAGAG